CGUCACUCCGGCGGGAUUCGGUGUGGUAUUUAAAAUGCGGGGUGAAGAUCCGCCUCAUAAGCAUAAAAUCUCGGCAUAGGUCGACCUCCACCUGAUAUUGAAUGUUUGACGCGCCAACUUGGACUCGAGCCUGGACGACAAGUUUAUCAAAAUGCAAGCAUUUCAGUUUGUGGAGCAAGGCGGCGGCCUACAACUUCAAAAUCUACCGAUUCCUCAACCCGGCCCGGGCUGGGUUCAGCUACAAGUCAAAGCAGCUGGACUAUGUCAUUCAGACUGCCACAUAUUGAAAGGCAUCGAUGGGGUUAUCCAGCGACCUAUUACUCUCGGCCACGAAGUUUCCGGAAUAAUAACAGCUCUCGGUCCCGAUGUGCAUGGGUUCAAAACCGGCGAUCGCGUUACUGUCGGUCUUUUCUCUUACCCAAUCAAACUUCGAGACUGGACAAUGGCUAUUGGUCUUGGAUUUGACGGUGGCUAUGGAGAAUAUGUGCUGGCACCAGCAGCAAGAUUAGUCAACAUCCCGAACGGCCUCCCAUUUUCUCAAGCUGCGGUGGCGACCGAUGCCAUGGCGACAUCCUAUCACGCUGUGGUGAUCGAAGCCGCUGCAAAACCGGGCAUGACGAUUGGUGUCAUUGGUAUCGGUGGACUUGGGAUGUCUGGUCUCGGUUUUGGAGUCCUGAAGGGGGCCAAAGUGUACGGCAUCGACAUAUCCGAGUCAAAGUUCAAAGAAGCAAAGAGGUUGGGUGCCAGUGGAUGCUUCAAGAGCCUCGACGACGCUACGGAUAUUGAAUUUGAUGCCAUUGUUGAUUUUGCCGGUACAGGGGAGACAACCAAACAAGCCAUUGAGAAAGUGAACGAAGGGGGCAAAGUCGUGGUUGUGGGACUUGCAGCUUCCAAGAUCACCAUCCCUAGCUACGCUUUGAUUGGUCGUAGUGUUAGUUUGAUAGGGUCAUUUGGAGCGAGCGAAAAGGACUUGAGAGAUGUUUUUGAGCUAUUGGCUAACAAGUUAAUCGAGCCUGAACUGAAAGAGAUUCCCUUCGCAGAGAUUCCGGCGGGACUUGAUGCCUUAGACAGAGGAGAGACUCAAGGAAGGCUUUGGUCAGAUCCAAGCAAGGCGAAGACUGGCUCAAGUAAACUGUAAUGAUAUUUGUGGUCUGAGAUUAUUAUCGCGGCUCUAAGGCAUAUGAGAUCAAUGCAAACGUGCAGCCUGGAUAUUGAUCAUGGAUUAUAUGUAUAUUCACUCAAUUCUUAUGUAGACCCAACGGCAUUGAUAUAAGGAACAAUCUUACUGACAUCAAGUGACAGGCUUGUCAAUGGUUUCCCAUCUCACUCGCUCAAGAAAACGAGACAUUUCAUCUCAAUACUUGCCCUCUCUGUGUCGUUCACAUAUCUCGAAUCCUUAAAAGAGCUAUGAAACACAGCCAUCUUCGACUC